UUUCCGGAGUGCAAGAUUUGAAAUGGAUGAAUGAGAAGCCUCGAUAUAUCUGUGAUUUAAACUGUGUUACACGUGAGCUGGUACCUUAAUCAGGGAAGUAUGAUAUAAAUAAAAUGCAGGCGUUUGAAGAUGUUGAUUUUGAUGAGUCCUUUGGAGAAUAUCAGCAUUCGUUGAAAGAAAGAAUCCAUGUAAGCAUGGAAGAGGUUAGACAGGCGUUAGAAAGCCCUGCCCCACCCAGCUCCAGGUCUGCGUCUCCGUCUUCUCCAAGAAUGAGGUCAUCUCCUCGCUACUCAGCCAAGAAAAAAACUGGCCUGGAUCCAAGGACAAGGUCUUCCAGUAGUAGAAGCCCUAGAGGGCACGACAGCCAGGAAUCACAUGAAUAUCCCCAGCGACGUCCUGGCAGUAGAAACAGCAGUGAAAAUGCAGAAAGAAUCACAGGAAGACAUUAUCAUCAGCAGCAGCCCCGCCAUCGGCCACGUCAGGGAGGUCAUCAGCUCAAGGGGAGGAAGCCAACAUCAGGAUCUUCACGCAGGAUUUCUGGUCCCAAGCAGCCAUUCAAUGACCUGAGUUAUAAAGCUGCAGUGGACAGGCUUAGAGACAUGCUGCAGCAGUAUGAUUCCACUCACAGCCCUCUCACACGACCAAAAACUGUUCACUUUGAGCCCAGUCAGAUUUCACACCAGUUCAUUCCUAGCCCAGUGUACAAAAAGUCAGAUCUCCCAAGAGUGGAGGAAGUGGUACCAAUAGUCCAACACCAGUCUAAUUAUAUCAAACAACUGGAAGCUGAAAGUCAAUUUUGUAAAGGUGAAAUAACUGCACUGAAAAAGCGUAUUGCAGAGGUGGUGGAGGAAAAUAAGAUGCUACAGGAGGAGCUGAAGUCUGUCAUGUCCCAGAACAUCCUAGCAGACAGUGACCAGGAGUUUAAGGGAAGCAGGAGCAGACAAGACGAUGAAGACAGAAUGUCGAGGCUGGAUUACAAGAGGUGGAAAAAAGAACUGGAACGAAUAAGUGACCUCCAUUCUGCCAAAAGUAGGCGUCUGGAAGCCCAGCUAGCAAAUGCUAGAGAAGAAGCAGAGCAGAACGAGAAGGUGGUGGAGGAGCUUCAGGGAAAACUAAGAUUACUAGAAUCCCUCAACAAGUUGGGAAGGGCUGACACAGAACAGGAACCAGGGUUGUGCAUCCAGUGUGCCCAAAAUGAGGCUAUGGUGUCUUCUGUGAUUGGAGGAAGGAAUACUCAAGUGAUCGAAAACCUAACAAAAGAAAGAGAUGGGUUGAUAGAGACAGUCGCUAGUUUCAAGUCAAAACUGGAGGAUCAGAAGCAGCGGGAAGAGGAGGCAUAUGCUCAGUUGAAGAAGAGUGCAGAGUUGGUUGAACAGGCUCAGUUUGAUAAAAUGCAGGCAAUCACCCAGCGUGAACAACUAGCAGACAAGCUGCACAAGUUUGAGAGGAGGAUGGAGGACCUAGUUCACAGCCACCAGAAGAAUGUAGAUGCCGAGAGAGAGCUGGCAAGAAAAGAAAGCAAGAAAGAGAUAGAGGAGCUCAACUUGAGGCUGAAGGAGCUGACUGAUCUCCAUGGUACAGUUCAACACCAGUUAGACCGCGUGACGCGGGAGAAGGUGACCAUGCAAGCUGAGUUAGAGAGAACAAGGACACAAGUGACGGAAUUUGACACUGACUAUACAAAGGCUACAGAGGAACUGAAGUCUCAGCUGGCCCAGGCCAAUAUAGAGAGGAAUGCUGCCGUGAAGGAAAUGAACAGGAUACGCACUGAAGUUGACAAGACAAACAGAGACAAUGAAAUGGAAAAGUCGAGAUUGAAGGAAAACCUGGAGGAUGUCAGGAGGCGGCUGAUGCAGGCAGAAAGAGAAUUAAUGAAUGCAAAGGAAGAGUGCAUCACACUGGCCACAGACAUGCAGGCCAUAGAAAAAGAUGCUCAGCUGUGUAAGAUGGCCAAAGAGAGCAUGGAGAAAGGCAGGAGAGAGGAGCUACAUACAGUCACUAAGAGAGCACAGCAGAGGGAGGUGGAGCUGAACUCACUGAUUGAGGAAAUAGAGGCUAGGCAUGCUCUGACCAAUGCUGAGACAGAAGACAUGCUGCAACAGCAGAACGGUUUGAUUGGCAAACUCAGGGAGGAAUGCCGUACAUUGGCCUCCCAACUGGAACAGACUGCACAGAAAUACAGAGGUGAAGUGAGGCAGGUUAAAAACCUGAAUGAAGAGCUAUCCGUAAGAUUAGAGAAAACCCUGAACAGAUUGAAAGAGAUGGAGGCACAGCACGUGCAGCAUGGCCAAAUGCAUGACAAAAUGCGACAACGGCUUGCACAGAUGGACGAACACGCCCAGUAUCAGGGACAGCAGAUACUGGACUUGCUGGCCAAGCAGAGCAGUCUGAUGAGAGAUCGCCAGCUGCUGGGUAAAGAGGUGGAGUUUCUCCGCGCUCAGGUGGCGCCACCUAACGAGUGCGACUUGGACAAACUGGUCACUUCGAGGCGGGGCAUGGUGGAUGAUGUACUGGAGAGUGCUCGGCGGGAUGGCGACCAGGGGCAGGAAAAGCAGUAGAGACGGGGAUAAAAUAUCAUGGAAACCUGAAUGGAUGCGGGAAUGAAUGCAUAUUCAUUCAAUGAAAGAUUCACAAUCUAUUGCUUAAAUUUUGAUUAAUUAUUUUUACUUUUAUGGCAAAAGCUGCAUCGCGGGCGAAAACGUCCAAAAUCUUUAACAUUUCUGGCCUUUUACAUCUUCAUCUUACGUCUAUUAUGUGAUUUUAUUUAUUUUUUAUGUUUUUUCAAGAAAUACAUAUUGUUGUGAAUUUUCUGUUUAUUGCUGGUCAAUUUUACACUUUUUACACAAUUUUCUUUUCAAUUCAUGAUUUUUCAAAAGAUAUAGGGGCCUAUAUUUAUACAGCGGAAAACAUAUUCACGUAUGUAACAAUGAAACUGCGUCCAUGUAUCGUUAACAGUGUUUGAUAGGGACAAACGUACUCUCUGCUGUGCUUAUUUUGAUAUUAAUUUUGAUAUUCUGACAUUGUCGGAUUAGCUGGCGUAACGUCCUGUUUACUUGCUUAUUUUCUGCCUUAUUACUAUAAUCAUUUACCAGUGCGGACAUCCUCAUUAUUUUCUCAGUAGAGAAUUAGGUUUUAUUCAAGCUUUUGUUGUCCUUUUUUGAAAAUCUGUUAUUAUUUUCAUGCCUGGAACUUCAAUUGUCGGAUUCCUGUUACGCGUAACAAGGAGCGGUGUGCUGAGUACAGAAAAGAAAAUGUUGAUUUCCGGACCGAUAAAACAAUAUCUUCACAAAAAUAGAUAAAUAAAUAGAAUAAAAACGUGGCUUUGUCCACAUAUUUAUUUGAUAGGCUCAGAUGGACGUAUUUAAGUUCACUUAAUAAAAUGUCUUCUUAUGCGUACUUAGGCUCAGGGACUGUCUUAUGAAAUGUUUUCAUCACAUUUAUAAUGAUCUAAGAUAAACGUUUUCAAUAUUAGAUAUAAACAGUGUGUACAUUUGUUUGUAGGGACGGAGCAGAUGUAUUUAUUUAUGCAGUCAAAUAUCUGACAAUCAGGCGGCUACACGGGUUUUUAUAUGAAAGUUUUGUUCCCCCUCCAGAUUAUGAAGAAAAGCUUAUCAUUCUAUUACAUGUUCUAGCCCCACCUACAUGUAGACAUAUCCAAACCCACCCCAAUCUGCCAUUAACUAUUGUUAGAUUUAUGGUAGAAGGAAUGAACAAUUACAUUAUUAUAAUAUAUUAUUGUAUAUUUAAACACACACUUUAUGUCACCAAGAGAUUUUUAUUUGAAAAAUCGCUAUAUGGGUUUUGUGCUUUAACUGCAGGUGUUUACUUCCUUUUCUAUCACAUACACACACCACACAGUUUAAUAAAA